ACAGCUGUCCUCUGUUGACAAUUUUACCCAAUGCAUAUUGCUGUGAUGGCUGGAAUAAAAUGAUAAAGUGUUUCUGGCUAUAUCUCCAUGCGGGGCGAUCGUCAGUGGAGUAUUCAUAAAAAUAUGCACCCGGUCUGAACCAUGCUGAAGUGGUUUUCUAAUGAAGGGGGAGAGUCUGGCGCUGGGGGCCCAGACUCUCCCCCAAGUGGAGAGGUUGUUGCAGAUGUUGCAGACAUGGCAGAGCGUCUGGUCCAAACUGAGCAGCUUAUUACUCAGCUAAAAGAAAUGAUCCGGGAAAAGGAUGCAACGCUUCGCACCAAGGAUGAACAGCUCAAGACGGAGAAGGAGACAUGCGAGGCGAAACUGUCAAAGCUGCGCCUCCAAAACAAGGCCAAGGUGACAUCUCUUACCACACAGCUAGAGGAAGUGAAGAAACAGAUUGGCGGUCCGGUCACACCAACGCACGGCAAGAAGGCUCCAUCAGAAGGAGGAGAGCAAGCAAGUCGGGGCAAAAUUGUUUUGUUAAAAAAGAAGGUGGAGGAUCUAGAACAACACCUUGCACGGAGUGAGAAGGAGUUAGAAAGCAAGAGGAGAGAGGUGGAGGCACAGCGGCAACGAGGGGAAGAAAUGGAUGUUAUGCUGACAGAUAAGGACAAGAAGCUAUCCGAGAAGGAGGCCUACAUUAUUCACUUGCAGACAUCAAUGGCAGGAAAUCAAUCAGUCACGACUGCACAACAAAAGGUAGAUGAAGAUCACGGAGCAAUGCAGGAGCUUCAGGUGCUGGUGCAGAGUCUAACCAAGAAAGUUGGAGAAGGCGAGGAACGCUACAGUUUACUCCAGGAGCAGACAGACAGCCUGAAGGAGCUUCUGGUCACAGAGAAGGAACAAUACAGCCAGAAAGAGAACAUGUAUAAGCAGAAUAUCCAAACCUUCAAAGAUAUAAUUCUCCAGAAAGAUCAACAGCUAACAGAGAUCAACCAGAUGCAUGAACAGGAGCUCUUCAAACUAGCCGCAACAUCUGAUGCCAGUGCUGAUCUUCAGCAGCUUUUGAAGGCAUUAAAACAGAAGCUUCAUGAGAAGGAGGAGGUGCUGCUCGGUAAAACUCAGGUCAUUGAUGUUCUCCAGAAAGAGGUGGAUGGCAGAGACCAGCAGAUUAAGGAUCUCACAGAGCGGAUGCGUAGACUCCAUGUUGAAAGAGAGUCCCUUGAAUCCAAGAUGGAGGCAGAAAAGCACGUUAUGCGAGCACAACUCCGUGACUUGAUGGAAAAGCACCAGGGAGAGGCUCGGCGAAUGACAGAACAACAUCAGGCACAGUUAAACGAAACCCAACAGGAUCUGCUGCGCCAGCUGGAGCAGCUGAGAAAUGCUGCAGUAGGACCAUGGACCAGUCAAGAGGCCCCAAGAACUGAAGACUUGUCUGUUGAGCCGACCGCUUUCCAGAGAAUAGCUGAAUUGGAAGCCCAGACAAAGCAAAAAAUUGACGAGGCAAGCAAAUCAGAGGCCAAGUUCCUGAAAAUGAAAGCUUGGUCUAAAUCCCGAAUCAGACAGCUGGAGGAGGAGCUCAAAAAAAGCCAGGCUGGCAUCGCCCCUCCUGAUCUGACUGCCCUGCGAAGUCGUGUCACUGCCCUUGAGGAGGAGCGGGAGGAAUACCAAUGGAAGGUGGAGCAGUAUGAGGAACUCAAAGCGAAGAAUGACAUGCUGGAGGCUAAACUGGAGGUAUAUGAGGAGCAACAAAGGACACUACAAGCCGACCUGGAACAGUUCACAAAGAGAGCUGCCUCUCAGGCAAGUGAGUCCGGCAGUGCUGAUGACACCCAAAGUCAAGUCUUGGAGUGGCAGGAAAUGGUCGCCGAGGCAGUCGAUGCCAGGGAUCAGGCCAGGGAAGAGAAGGCUGCGAUGGUUCUUCGCAUUAGCCACAUGGAGGAAGAAAGAGAGGGACUGAUUGAGGAUGACUGGUUCUUUCCUGGCUACUCCGAUCCAGCUUUGGCCACUCGGCAGCAGGAGUUGGAGGAGGAGCUGGCUCAAGCAAAAAGACUCAGCCAACCUGGGGGCAAGAAGCUAGCAGAACCUGCUCAACGGAGCCUACAGGAGGAUUUUGAGUUUGAUGGACAAGGCCUAUUCCAGGAACCCAAACAUACCUCGGAGAGCACAACCCCAAUGGAAGGAGAAAACAUGGGAGGUUGGUGGCCUGAAUACAGUACUCCUGACACAGAUGGUUUGCGAUCUGUGGUGGAGGAGCUGGAGCUGGAAAGGAAUCAACUCCAGGAGCAAAUACUGAGCCUUGAAGAGCGCUGUCAAGAUCUGGAAGAUCGGCUACAGUUACAAGCACGCAUUGAGGCCUUGCAGAAUGAGUAUGAGAAGUUACAGGGCCAGCUUGCUUCCUUGCGAAGUCAGCAUAGCAGAGAAGCAGAAAAGCAUCAGCUGCUGGUUAGCCGUCUCAAUGAACAACUAAAAGGGAUGAGCGACACACAAGAAUGCUUGGAAAGCUCACUCGUUGAGAAGGAGAAUACAUUAGCAAAGACAUCAGAAAAACUUGAGCUCAUCAACAGCCUCCGAGAAUCCUUGAGCGAAAAGGAGAUUCAGUACAAGGAGAUGUCUGACAAGCUCCUUCAGACUGAGCAAACACUCGAGAAAGUUUCCAAACAAAGCAGUAUCUCAGAGAAAAGCUGCUCUGAGUUGAAAGCAGAAGUUUGUGACCUCACACAGAAGCUGAGUGUCCUCAGAGACAAGACUCAAAAACAGGACAUCACCAUAGAAACUUUACAGACUGAGUUUGAGCAAACCAGUGAAGAACUGGACAAACUAAACACAUCCCACCUGGAAGAAAGAGCCCAACUCAUUCACGAUCUUCAAAGCUGUGAGCGGGAGAUUGACAGUCUGAAAGAUAUUCUGUCUGCAAAAGACAAAGAGAUUUUGGCCCUGAACGGUAGUGUGCUGGAGUAUACAGAACAGGUUACAGUCCUCAAACAAGACCUUCGACUCAAAGAAGAAACUUUGCUUCAAGUGGAAAAUGCACUGAGUAAGGCGGAGCGAGAGGCCGAGAUUCUUCGUGAUUCUCAGACUUCAGAUCAGCAAGUCCUAAAUAGUAAGAUUGCAGUGCUUGUUGAGAAUCUCAAGUCUGUUGAGGUGGAGUUGGACAAGACCAAAGAAGAAAGCAAGUGGAAGGUUGAUGAGAUUAACCAUCUAAUAAAACAGGCCAAGGAUGAUAAGAAAACUAUUCAGGACCUGCAAGACCUACAAGCUGAUGCACAGAAACAGAUAUUGAGUCAUCGUUCUCAACUUUCUGAACAUGAAAAAGUCAUCUCUUCACUGAAGGAGCAGCUGACCUUAUCUACCCAAAGGCAACUUGAGUCUGAGGAAGUCAUUGUGCAGCUCAAGAACAUCAACACAAUCAAUGAGAAAAAUGCAAUGACAGAAGAGAUCUACGAAAAAGAACUGAAAACUUUAAAGGAUGAAAAGAACAAGCUCCUAUCCCAACUGGAAAUAUACAGUCAUGACAUGGAAUUGUUAUCUCAACGAUUAAAGGAGCAAGCGCAGAUUGCGGACAGUGUCAAACACGAGAUGGAGAAAAAACUGGAAAUCAUCACAUCACUGGAAAAUCAAAUCAAGGCAAAUGAUAUCGAGGGAGAGGAUGAGAGACAGAGAUUUAACUCUGAAUUGCAAGCGAGGGAUUUUGAAAAUCAGAAGUUGUGCAAAGAAAUUGAUGGCAGAACUGAAAACAUAUCCAAAAUGACGGACACCUUAAAACAAGUCGAGGCUCAGAAAGAACAACUGCAAGAAAAGCUUAAAAGGCUCACUGAAGAGCUCGAAUUACAGAAUCUCAAUGGACAACAACUAACUGAAAAAAUGACAUCUGCGCUUGAACUUAACAGCACUCUGGAGAAGCAAGUGCAAAGCGUUACAGAGGCCAAUGAACGACUUCAGCAGGAAGUCGCUGAAAGAGAGAAGACUGUAUCAGAAGUAACAGUUGAAAGAGAUUCUCUGCAUAACAAAUUAUCCGCAAUAGAAUUACAACAGUCACAAAACGACACUAUUAUUCAAGAGUUAGAAAAACAAAAAGAACAUUUGCUUUUGCAAACUAAUGAAUUUAAGAGAGAUGCCGAACAAAACUCGCUCUCACACAACGAGGUUCUCCUAGCUAAAACCAACGAAUGUGGUCGUCUCAAUCAGCUACUCAGGGAGAAGGAAAGCUUCAUUGCACAGCUGGAAGGUGAACUGCAAAGCUCCACUGCUAAGGUGGAUGAGUUGCAGCAUACCAUAGAGCAGAAACAGCGUCUCGCCUCCGAUCUUAGAGCAGAAUUAGAAACCCGACGAGAUGAACAAGCACAGCUUCAACAAACGUUGUCUCUCCUUGAAGAACAGGACUGUAAUCUGAAGUCUAGGUUAAGCGAGAAGGAUGCCAAUUUGAAGGAAAAACAGGAAGAGUGCCAUAGUUUGCAGAAUGAAAUUAUUCUACAUAAGAAUUCGGUUUCCGAGCUUAAAGUGGACGUUGAGUCACUCAAUACAGAACUCUCACUGCUUUGCAAGAAACUGGAAGAGAGCGAGCAACAAAGCCAAAAACAAAAAGACGACUUUGAUAAAGCAACACAAACUAUCCAGUCUUUAAAUGACAAAAUCAAUGAAUUACAAGAACAUUCCAGCAAAACCGAAAUCUCAAGGGACACCGAGCUGAGGACCCUUCGGUGUGAAAUUGAUAGCAUGGCAGAACAAAACAAAGACCUCGAUGCAGCCUGCAAAUCCAGAGAAAAUCAGCUUGAGGAGCAAAUGCAAAUUGUGUCAAACCUUGAUAGACAGCUCAAAGUCACUCUUGAACAAAACUCCAGUUUUAGCAUGAAAAUAACUAGUCUAACAGAAGACAAUCAGCAACUACAAGAAAAGUUGUCCCAAAACCAUAUGUUAGCUUCUGAGCUAACGGCUGAGAAUAGCCUGCUGCAAAAACAGAAAUCUGAGCUUGAGGUUCAAAUCUUAAAUGGUCAGACGAAAAUGAAUGAUGUUCUGAAUGAAAAAGAUGAGCUUAUUGUUGCAGUCAGUAAUAUGAAGCAGGUCCUCAAGGAAAACGAAAUAUCAAACAAACAGAAAACAGAAGAAUUUAGCUCUCUUUCAAAAACACUGACCGACACAGAACGACAACUUCAGAAUUUACAAGAACAAGUUAAUCAGCUAAACCUGUUACUGGCUGAGAAAGAAAAAAAUCUGUUGGACAGGAAUUCUCAGUUGGAUGCUCAGCAGAACCAACAGCUGCAAUUACAGGACACAAUAUCUAUGCUUCAAGAACAGGGAUCUGCGCUAAAGUCAGGGCUGAUGGAGAGGGACACAAUGUUGCAGCAGAAAUCAGAGGAAUGCAUUGUUUAUCAAAAUGAAGUGGUCCUGCAGAAGGGUCUUGUGUCGCAGAUACAGAGCGAGAUUGACUCGCUCACUCGAGAGUGCGGCGAUGCUAAGCAACAGUUGAUGCAAAAGGAGCAGAUGUUAAAAGAUCUAGCAAAUGAUUUUGAAAACCACAAGGAAGAGCUAAAUAAACGUAGUGAAUCAGUGAUUUCCCUUAGUAGUCAGAUUGGAGCCAUGAACGACAGUUUUGCAGAGAUGGAGGUUGAAAUGAGCGGCUUGAAAGAUGCCAUAGAGAAGCUCACCUCAGAAAAGCAUCAGCUCACACAAGAGAAGGACCGAGGCAAUGCUGAGAUAGUUGACUUAAAAGAUGCCAUUGAAGCACUGACUCAUCAGAAUAUGCGAUUCCAGUCUGAAAUUGAAAAGUCUUUUCCCGAGCUGUCCAAAGCACACAAAGACCUUGCAGAUUUAAAAACAACACUUAGUGACAGGGAAGUCCAACUGAAAACUUUACAGUCAGAAAUAGAACAGCUUCAUUUUGCCACCCAAGAAAAAGAUAACUCCGUGAAACAGCAGGAACAUGCAAUCCAACAACUUAAUAGUCGGAUCUCUGAACAAGAGGGGCUGCUGAAACAGAAAGACGAUGAAACAUUCGGUUUAAGGAUUCAAGUUACAGAACUCAGCGGUCAAGUAGAAACUCUUACGUCCGAGUCCACUGUAUUACAAAAUACAAUGGACAAAAAGGAGCAGGCUAGUCUUGAAGAUGAAAGAAAUUUCUCACUUGUCACUGAAAAUUUGAGUGCCAACCUUCAAGACAAAGAAAAGGAGUGCGAGAGCCUGAAAGAGCAAAUUUCACACCUUGAAGAAUCAGUUUUAAAGAUGAACAGUACCCUCCAAACACAAAGAGAAGAAACAGAAAAUCUGGCAAAAGCCUUGGAAGAAAAAGAAUGGAGUCUUUCGGCACAAUCACAAUCACUUGAAGAUUUGCAGAAGAGAGCAGAUGAGUCGUUGCUCUUCAAAAGUCAGUUCAUGGAAAGCACAGAGUUAUUGUCACAGCUCCAGUGUCAGAUUCAGACUCUGUCCUCUGACUCUGAGAACCACAAAAAGUCAGCGGAAGAAACACAAAGUGCCUUCAUUAACCUGCAAGAAAAAUAUGCAUCUAAUUUGGAGGAUUUGCAGGAUUUGAGAAAGCAACUAUCCCAAAGGACUGAUGAAGUGUUAACCCUUACGAAGCUGUCAGAUGACGCCAAUUGUGAACACGCGAGAGCACAGACCACCAUAGAAACUCUGAAAGAUGAGCUAUCCGCAAUCCAAAACAACCUUAAGAAAACCCAGGACCUGAAUUCUCAGCUGUCAAAAGAAAAGGAAGAAGCAUUCAGCUCUCAUCAAAAACGUGUCUCCCUUUUGACCACUGAAAUAGAAACCCUAAAAACACAACAUCUUCAAGUUGUGGCGCAAAUGAAUGCUCUGACAGAAAACCUGGAGCAGAGAGAAAUGGCGCUACAUGCGAUUAACAGUCAAUGCACAGCCCAAGCCAAACAUACAUCUCAGAUGAUUGCAGAAACACAGAAACUAGAAUUACAGAAUAAGAAGCUUAUUGAAGAGAUUCAGCAGUCAAAGGAGGAGCACCAAAGGUCUCUCACAGCGGUCAACAAUGAAAAGACACACUUAGUCAACGACGUUCGAAAACUUCUUGCAGAGAAGGAAGAGCUGGAGAGACGACACCGUGAAACUGGGACAUCCCAGGGGGAGCUCAUGGCUCAAAUGGAGCAGCAGUCCCGCAGCAUGAGCGAAAACGUCGAGAAAAUCCUGUCUGAGAAGGAGAGCCUUCAAGCAAAGGUUAGUGUCCGAGAUGAAGAAAUUUCACAAUUAAGAGAAAAUCUUCACAAGACCGAGCACAUUCUGCAAGACUCUGAGAAAGAGUGGCUGCUAGUUCUAGAUAGAGAAAAGCAGGAUAAGAAUCUACUUGCAGAACAGUUGAGUCGUGUUGAAAAGGAAAGAGAGGACGGAGAUCGUGAAAACGGUCACUUGCAACAGGCUCUUAAAGCUGUGGCACAUGAGUUAGAAGUACUUGUAAGAAAAAACAGCGGUACCAUCCUCUCACCCAUUGCCACUUUAAGUGUAGACAGAACACAUUUACAGCACAUGAUUAAACAAGUUGAAGCAAAUCAUCGGUCUGAGAUAGAUGCUUUGACAAAGAUGUUGGACAGUACUAGAGCAGAUUUACAAGAAGUCCGAAGUACGCUUGAUCAUUGUGAGGUUAAAAAAUGUCAAGAAAUUGAGAAUUUACAGAGUCAGUUGAAGACUGUGACAGAAACUGUACGUGAAAACUCAUCUUUGUCUGAUGAACUAAAAGCAAAAGACGAUCAAAUGAACUGUAUGAGCAUUCAAAUUGCUCAGCAAAAGGAAUUACUUAGUGGGCUCAGUCAGCAGUUAAAAGAUAAAGAUGUGUCCAUUGCCCAAGUCAUGGAGGCGGCCUUAAAUGAAAGGGUGAAACUUGGUGAAGAAAAGGCCCAUCUAUCAAAACAACUCGCAAACAUUCAAAAAGAUUACCAAACUUCCACAAAGCGGUAUGACGACGUUUCUCGGCAGCUGGAAGAACAUGUUUCAUGUUCACUCAGGGAGAAUGAAAUGCAAACCUCAGAAAAACUUGAGCUGGUGAAGAAAAACGAUGAGCUAAAAUCUGAACUAUCGAGAAUAUCGGAAGAGAAAGAUACAGUCAAGAAAAAACUGAAGGCCUCUCUCCUUCUCCGGAAGGAUCUGUUGAAAAAAGUUGAGGAGUUAGAAAAACAAAAUAAAGAGAGUAUUAACAAUGAAAAUAAUGUAACAUUUUUACAAAACAAACUCUUAGAAAGCACCAAACAAGCUCAAUCCACAGCCAAAAUGUAUGAGGAUAAGGUGUUUUUCCUUGAAAAGGAGUGUCUUGACAAAGUCAAUGAGUUACGCACUUUGCAAGCCACGCUAAGUGAGAAGGAAAUGUCACUCAAUGAAAAAAACACCCUCAUCAAACAACUUCAGGCAGUUGCUGCUGAGCGCGAGGAUAACUUUGAACAAGAUAAAAAGAGCAUGAUGCUAAAAACGCAAAUGCUCGAGAGCGAAAUCGAGGACUAUAAAGAUCAAUUGAAGGACAAAUCUCUCUCCGAUAAUACUGCUAUUGAAUUAGAAAAUGAGCUGACACAAAUGAAGCAAGAAAAGGCAAUGCUGCAGAAAAAGACGCAGGCUGCAUUGUUGGCACGAAAAGAGACUAUGAAGAAAGCUCAAGAAAGUGAGAGGCAAUUAACCAAAGAAUUAUGUGAGCUGAAAGAUGAAUACAAGGCUGUCUUGGACCAACACUGUCAGCAGACCAACGAGCUCAAUGUUGUCCAAUUGGAAUUGAAUGACAAGCUCAGGGAAUUGGAAGAACUCCAGAAAACACUGUCUUCUUACUCAGAUGAACUGGAAACUUUAAGACGGCUUGUCCAGGAAAGGGAUCAAACUGUGCAAGAUUUAAAUAUUUCUUUGGCGGAGAAAGAGAGUCAGUGUCAUUCUCUAUCAAACCUGCAAACUGAACUCGAUACUAUGAAAGCACAAUUUGAGUCAUUAAAGAACGAAAGUGAAGACAAGGUUCUUGUUUUGAUGGAGAAAAGCGCAGAAAUGAUUAACUCAAAUGUCCAUGUGGCACAGAGUGGCUCAGAGGAAGCCCACAAAGCUGUAAAAGAGCAGGUAGAAAUGGCGGUGAAAUAUCAAGAACAGCCUAAAGAUUCUACUGGAACAUCUGAAAUAACGCAUCAAAACAUAAUAGAAGAGAAGAAGACUCUUGUGGAGCCGGUGGCAGGGGUACCGCAACAUCUGAGCGAGAAGGAAAGUAGUCUGACAAACGAUCUCGAAAAAGCCCCAUGUGGAAAUGUGGAAACAAAUGUGGAAACAUUGAAGCAAGAAAAUGAAAAUUCUGUCAGGAUAAUUGCUGAACUCAGGGAUGAGUUAGCCAUGCUUCAUUUGCAGCUGCACCACUGCAAACAGCCGCUUCAUGAAGACACACCGGAGAUGGCCAUCAGGCAAGAGCAUGUUACUGAAAAUGAGCUCAGUCCUGUUUACAGAUGUCCUCAGAAUUCCGAAGUAACUCAGAAUCAGAACGAUGAGUCUGAGCAAAGUCAUGAAUUGACCAUUGCUAAUAUGAACAGAGAAGUUGACGAUCUUCAUAAAGCUCAAGAAGAUUGUGGUAAAGUAAACGAUCUGCAGAGCUACAAUAAAAUGACACAACUAACCAGAAAACUUCAAGCUGCUUUAGUUUCACGGAGAGAACUCUUGAAGGAGAAUGCAUCACUGAAGGAGCAAGUAGAAAAUCUGGCGGACAAAGUCAACGUCAAAGAAGCUGAAUUUUUGACUCUGGAAUCGUCCUUUUCAAAGCUGAAACAACAAACUAUCGACCUGGAAAGCAGUUUAAAGAGUAUUAACAUGGAUAAAGAGACGCUUAGCUCUGAAGUUGAUCGCAUCCGGAAUGAUAAUUGUAAUCUAUCCGAUGCAUGUGAAAGCUUGAAGCAGACCAUUGAAAACAUCACCCAGCAGAAGCAAGCCUUUUCCUGCCAGCUGGAAUCUCUCAAAGACUCUCAGACAGAAGAGCUGACCAAAUGGAAGUCAAGGCACUCGGAACUCAAACAAGACUAUGAGUCUCUUUUACAGGCAUAUGAAAAUGUCGGCACAGAAAUGGACAAGAUGAGACAACUUCUGGAAGGGGCCAAAAGAGAACGACAGGAAGCACUCGGUAAACUGCACAAAUGUGAGACUGAGAUGGAAAUCCUACAGGGCCAGGCAAGAGAGCUGGAUGCAGGACAUGAAAGAAUGAAAGAGAAAAUGCACACUUUUUCAGAAGAAAAACGGCACGAGAUUAACGAUAUGGAGCAAGCAAACGAAAAGAUGAGAAACAAACUGUCUGAGAUGAGUGAAAAAAACUUGAUGGAAAUAACCGACCUGACUGAUAAAAAUCAACACUUAGCGGCUGAACUUCUCCAACUGAAGUCAUUGUUAGAGGACUACAAAAGCCAGCUUUCAGAGAUACAGGCUGAAAACAGAAAACUAACUGAAAAGCUUCAAGAAGCUACUAGUUCUUCCGAAAAACGUUACUUAGAAUCAACAUCUUUUACAGAGGACAUGGAGUUUAAACUUGACAAGUCACUCAGCUUGAAUAAUUCACAGAUUGAGAAAACACAACCUAGUGUUCAAUUGGAAACCGAGACUCUAUUGCAGAACGAAGUGUCAUACAGCGAUCAUGAAAUACAACUAAGAGCAAAAGACGAUGCCAUUAAUAAGCUUAACGAAAUAAUAAGUCAGCACAGCCAAGAAACGAUUAGCCUCAAUGAAAAGGUCAAAAUUUUAGAAGAUGACAAGUGUCUUCUUCAAGAGGAACUUGAAAACAUUCAAGAGAUUUCAGACAAGGUGAAAAAUGAAAACGAUUACUUGGAAACUGUGAUCCUGAAAAACUCUGAAAGAAUCGAUGAGCUUUCUGAGUGUAUCGGUGUACUGGAAGCCCAUAACAAGCAGCUGUGUUCUCAACUGACGACGAGCAAGGAGAUGUACAGCCAGCUUCGGCAAGAAAAAGAUGACGAGCAUCUUAAAUUAGUUGGAGAACUCGAGGAAAAGCUCAAGACCAUGCAACGUGGCAGGGAUGGGUCCAAGAAUGUGAGUAAAGAAUUGCAAGAGCUUCUAAAACAAAAGCAUCAAGAAAUAAAUUAUCUCCAGCAAAACUGCAUUAAAUACCAAGAACAUGUUUUAAAUUUAGAAAUCUCUCAGAAGACCUCAGAGUCAGCUUGUGAAAACUUGGAAAAAGAUCUGAAAAAACUCUCUGAUAAGACCUCCAUUGUUGAAGAGAAAAACAAACAUCUUGAAGCAGAUUUAACCACAUCUGAGGCUCACCUCCAGGAGGCCAAAGAGAAGAUCGAGAAACUUGAGUCUGAAAGAAACCAUUUGAAAUUAGCUCUACAAAAUGUUGAAUCUGAGAAAACAAAAAUAAAGGAAGAUUCAUUGGAGAACCAAGAGAACUCAUUAACCGUGAAUGAAGUGUUGUUGCAGAAACGGAUAGACGAUCUCCAGGAUAUUAACAAUAAAGAAAGCCAAAAAGUUGUUGAAUUAAGACAACAGAUAGAUUCUCAACAUCUGAAGCUCAACACUCUGAAGAGAGCACUGGAGACUAACGAAGUAAAGCUAUCUGCUUUAUCAUCUAGUCCUCAAGGGGCAAAUACUACAAAACUUUGGAAUGAUUUGUACCAAAAGUCUUUGCAUGAGAAAGAUAACCAGCUCAAUGAACAAGGUUCUGCAAUUAGAAGAUUACGGGAUGAUCUGCAAAAAGAGGUGAAUGAACUCAUAAUGACCAAGUCAAGACUAGAAAAGGCACAAAACGAGUAUUCUGUUGCUUCUGCUGCAUAUCAGAGGCAGGUCUUGGUUCUGAGUGCAAGCAACGCUGAAUUUGCUGAGACUGUAGAAUUGUUGACUCUUCAAGUGAAGGAACUCAAUGCUCAAAUUGAAAGAGUAGACCAAGACGGAAACACCCUUAAAAUGCAAAUCGCUGACAAGGAAGACAAGAUUUCCCAGUUGCAAUUUCAUUGCGAACAGACAGAAAAGAUAAAUGCAGACUUGGAAUAUCAGUUGCGUGUUUUGCAGUCACAAAAUGAUAACGUCCGGGCUGAACUGGAGAAACAGAAUGGAGUUUCCCUCCAACUGAAAACCCUUCUUCAGAACAAGAACGUCGAGAUCUCUACUCUUUUGUCAUGUAAGGACGGCCAUAUGUCGGGAUAUCUCGAGCAACUCCAGGCUCAUUAUCGCUCCCAGGAAGCUGUUUAUGAAGACAGGUUAACAUAUGUACAUAAUCAAAGAGAAAAUGCUGACAAAGAGUUUAGAGAGCUUGAGGCCAAAGUCAGAAGUAUGACAAUUAAUUUAAAUAGAUCCGUUCAGGAAAACGAGCAGUUGUCAACCAAGAUGGCCAUUGUGAAGACGUCAAUGCUGUCUUUACAGCGUGAAAAAGAGCGAUUAAUGUCAGAAUACAGAAUACUUGAGGUUAAACGUCAGACAGAGCUUAAAAAUAAAGCAGACUCUCCUGAUAAUGAUGGUGGUGCAACUAGAGACCUCAAACAUGAAGUUAAGAAAUUACUACAUCAAAUGGAUGACCUAAAUUCCGAGAAUGCUAUGCUCAGGGCCCAGCUGUUUCAUUACAGAGAGGAUUUGAAUCAAGUUUUAUCCCUAAAAGACAGUCAGUUGAAAGUCUUGCUCAAAAAGCAACAGGAUGCGAUCAAGAAUCUUGAAGACCAAAAGGUCGCAGCUGAAAAGGAGUACAAGGUGUCUCAGUCAGAGCUCCAAAAGGCAGAAAAUGUUAACAGUACUUUGAAGGCUGAGGUUUCUAAACUUCAGUCGCAGGUGACACAACUGCAAAGUGACAUUGUGAGCCAAAAAGCUACAAACGAAGGCAAGGUGAUUGCAGAUCUGCAGCAAGGUGUGGCAGCUAAAUCAGCCGAAUGUAAUGACCUUCGGCAAAAAGUUGUCUCUCAGAAAAGCCAAAUUGAUGACUUGAAUGCGAAAAUGCAAGUGCUUGAAAAUGAAACUGACAAAAAACUCGGAGAUGCGGAUGAUAAAUAUAAUAGCGGACUGGAUGCUUUAGAACGUGAACUGGAGCUAGUCAGAAACGACCGGGAGACAACCAAUCAAAGGCUUACAGAGCUUGCACAAGAACUACUGGAGAUGGAGCAACAAUUGUCACUGGGCCAGAUGCAAAAUAAAGACAUAAAGGAUCAAAAUGAGUCCCUGUGUAAAGCCAUGGCUGCCCUGCAGAAUAAUCGGGACCAGCUCAUCGAGGACUUUAAGAUCUUACGAAACAGAUACGAUGAAGAACUCAGAGAGACUCGUGCAACUCUGAACAAAGCUGAGCGCAAUCUCCAGGAUGCUACAUCAGACUUGGCUAUGAUUACCAAAGAAAGGGACAUUAUUGUUCAGAAAGUAAGAGCUCUGGAAAGAAAAGAUACUCACAAAGAACUGACCAAGUUGUUGGGUGACCUGACCAAAGCUUUGUCAGAAAAGGAAAAACAACUGACAAAGGUUGUCCUGGAAAAUAACACAUACAGCAGGCAGCUGUCUGCAUUCUCCAGAUCCAUGGCCAGCCUCCAAAAUGACCGUGACAGACUGGUUUAUGAGUUGGAAGGGGCGACAAAAGAAGUUGAGUCCUGGCAGAAGUCAGGCCUAGACGUUGUGUCAAGCACGAAUGCGGAAAAGUCAAAAGGAAGUGCUUUCCAGAUUGAAAAAGAUGGGGCGAUGAAUGAGCAUCAGACUGUACUGUCUUCCAGGAAAGAAGACAUUGAUUCCCAGGAAAACAAACAAAAUCAAAGGUUUGCAAAAGACAUGGAGCCAAUCAAGGAAACGAUGGACAUUGCAAGCCAGAGUGGACCGGAUGAGGCAAUAAAUCGACUCGAGGCAGAAAGAGUCCACCAUCAAAAAGAGCUGCAACUCUGCUUCUAUGAAAUUCAAAAACGAGACCAGUACUUGCAGCAACUCAACUCUAAGUUACACCAGUCGAUGGAGGAGAAAGGUGCUGUGGCAGCCCAGCUGAGAGUUGUCUCCCAAAACCUGAGGGACACACAAAAUCGUUGCCAGUUGCUGGAAACCCAAAUCCAAGGCCAAGGGCAGGGAACAGGAAAUGCAGAGGUUGCUCCUGGAGCCCCUCAGGAAAGGAGCAACAACACGGCUCAUCUUCAUAGAGCUGAAGACAGACUGCUCAGAGAAAGACUACUGGAGGUGGAGCAGAGUCUGGCAGAUGAACGAUCCAGAAGGGAGGCUGCUGAAGAGGCUUUGCAUCUUGCUGAAGUCGGCACAAAGAGUCUUUCCAGGGAUCAUCAGAGGGACUUUAGUAUCGACAUGGAAGCUGAGGAUGAUUGGGAAGCUGUCAGUCUUAACCCGGACCAGCCUCUGAUAACACGAAAGGUCCAAGGUGGGAUGAUGGCAUGCCGACGUUGGCUCAGAGGAAGGAGCCUCUACUGUUCCCGGCUGCUGACUGGCCGUGCACGCUCUCGUUACUUCUUUUUGGCCUACUUACUCACAAUCCACGUGCUCCUUCUCAUGUGCUUGACUGGUGCCCUGUGAAAAGUGAAAAGGUCAUCAGGUAUGAGCUGGGGACUAAAGGUUCAUAUAUGCAACAGAAGGUGGGAUGAUGUCCAUUUGUAUUUCCUGUUGACGUUCCCAAUGAUACCAUUUGUCCAAGAAAUAAGUAGUUGAAGAUUUAAUGCUAAAGAGCUGAGUGUGAUUGUGUACUUCAGGGGUGUCCAAGUGUUUUCAGCCAUAUCAUAUAAAAAAUACAUUCCAAUUUUGUGAUAGAGGUGAAAUGCCACUAAAAUUACCCUUUUUUUCCCUGUAAUAUUCCAACUUUAUUCUUUGGCAUUUUUUCCUCUUAAUAUUUUGACUUUAUUCUCAUAAAGUUACAGCUCUUUUGUCAAUUUUUUAAAUCGGUUUCCAACUAUUUAAACUUUUUUCUUGUAACAUUCAAUUGGUAAUAUUUUCCCUGAGUUCUCGUAAUAUUAACAUUUUCAAUUCUAACUUUCUAAAAUUAAAAUUCUAACUUAAUUCUUGAAUUAUUAUAUUAUAUAAAAUAUUUAUUGUAUUUAUAUAUUACUAUUAUUAAUAUUCUGACUUAUAAAUUGUUUUUUUUACUUAUAGUAUGACUAUUCUCCUGAAAUUAUAACCUUUUCUUGUAAAAUUACUGCUGAUUUUGACAGCCACAGGCCCCAAAUGGCCCCCAGUGGCACUUAGGACACCCCUGGUGCACUACAUCUUCAUCAGUAGCUGACUGAUAGAUCGUUGAGUGGCGGAUCUCCUUGAAGAUACAUACCGAACGGGGGGUAUCACAAGGUAUCACACUACAUUAUAUACAAUAUAUUAUA